CCGGGAGUGCCCCCCUGAAUCGAGACGGCUACUGACUUUUCCCCUCUCAUCAAGCCUUCCCCAGUCCAACGCCGUUACCGAAGGCAUCUCCUCCUCCCCCCGAUCCAGCCAUGUCGUCGGCGCCGCCCGCCCACCAAUCCAAACCCUCCUACCAGCGCCGCCCUCCCAACCCCGGGCCGAGACAGCAGCCACCGCCGCAGCAGCGCUACGUCCCCAAAUCCGCCGCCCCUUCCGCUCCUAAACCCUCGCCCCCACCACCGCUCACCACCGCCCUCCGAUCAUCGGCCGCCCCGUCUGCAUCUGGCGCCGGCAGCAGCAGCGGCGGCGGCGGCGGAGCGGCAGAUGGGUUCGUGUUCUACCUGCCGCACGACGAGGCGGUCGCGGCCGGGCUCGGCGGCCUCGACGCCCAGGAGUCGCAGGCCGUCGUCGACCUCCUCAACGACGCGCUCGCGUCGCUCCUCCGUGCCAAGCCUCGCGAGUUCUGGCGCCAGGUUGCACAGAAUGCCUCUCUGCAUGCAUUCCUAGAUAGUUACCUACAAUUCAGACACCGGUGGUAUGAUUUGCCACACAGGGGCCCCAAAGGGACAGUUGCUGGUUUGGUUGUUGGGGAGCUUGAGCUUUGCCGCCGUGUCUUUAUGGUCCUCUACCGCAUAUCAUCAAACAAGGAUCCUGGAUCAGGCCCGGGUGAGUCCCUUAGUGGAUUGAAUUGUAAUACGACUCACUAUAGGGCGAAUUCGAGCUCGGUACCCGGGGAUCUACCAAAGUUGUUGGAUAUAUGUGCUAUAUAUGGGCAUGACAAUGGGGAGUUGACAAGUUCACUGGUUACAAAUGCAAUCGUUGUGCAGCCCAAUUUACUCGAUGGCAUCAAUACUGUCCUUCCCCAAUUCCUGGACAUUUUCCACACAAUGCAGGACAGAUGCAUGGACUCACUACAGGUGCUCAGUUCACCUGGACCAAAUGUCAGUGGACAUACCCAGCUUCAGAAAGAUUUCUCGGAGGUGCUGGAUUUUGUUAAUGAUGCAAUUAUUACUCUGGAUGCCUUUGCUGAUGCUUACCAGCCUGCUGCAUUAUCAUUAUGUGCUUCUUUUGAAAGAGGGGAUCGAGUUGAGGAAUUGUUGAACACCCUUGCAAGUUUGUAUGAUUUGUUGUUACCAUCUUUGCUUCAGGGGUUUCAAGUUAUGUCCAGUUCCCAAAGCAAUGGAGAGACUUCGUCUGAAAGUAUACUUAAUGACAUAGUUCUUGGCAUAAGAAUGCUAUCAAAGAGAGCUGUUGGAUUUGGUUGGAGAUUAUUAGAGUUCUGCUAUUUAAAUGAUCAACUUAAGGAGGAGGAUGUCCAAGCAUCUACUAAGAUGUUUCCAGCUAAAGUCGAAGAUCCUAUGAUCAGGGGAGAAAUAAUAGUUCAAAUACUCAAGGAUAUCAAUAGAGAAGCUACUUACUCUUCUAAAGGGAAUCCUGGAAAGACGUUUCUGCAAGCUCUUCAAAAGGAAUUUCAGUUGAUGAGCCGGAUUGGCGAUAUUCGGAACAAAGGAUGGAUAUACAUGGAGGAUGAGCAGUUCCAGUUCAUAUCACGUCUGUGCGGAUCCACUGUCACUUCUUGGAAUAGUGUCCCUGAUUUGCCAAUAUCUUCCCAUGGUGGUGAACUUCAACAGAAGAAUGAGGAAGCUGCUGUCAUUGAGUCCAAGAUUAGUCAGAUAAGGGACCUUCUUCCUCAUUAUGGGAAAGGUUUCCUUGCCGCUUGCUUGGAAGCCUACAACCAGAACCCUGAGGAAGUUAUCCAAAGGAUACUAGAUGGAACACUUCAUCAGGAUCUUCUAGCUUUAGAUACCUCGUUACAAGAGAUGCCACAACAACAAUCUGCACCUAGUGUUGCGAAAGAUAAAGGCAAAGGCGUACUAGUGGAAACUAUUCCUGAUAUUGCAAAUAAACCCCAUAAAGUUGAAGCCCAAUCUUCUUCAGUCUCAUCAGCAUCCAAGGCUCCUAUCUCAUGUUUAUCUUCAGUUUCAUCAGCAUCCAAGGCUCCUGCCUCAUCUGUAUCAUCAGUUCCACAAGGUAGAUUUACAAGGAAGACCAAUGAUGAUCUGCCCAACUACGCAGUUCUAGACUCGCAAAAAGCCAAAGAUGCUGUUAAGUCAGCUGUCCUUGAUUCCCAGUAUGAGUACGAGGAUGAGUAUGAUGACUCGUUUGAUGAUCUUGGCUUCAGCGUGGCGGAGUCAAGUUACGAGGAAGCAGAGGGCGCCAAUGAUGCUGAGGGUUCCUCCAGUGGCCCACGUUGGGCUUCACAGAAGAAGCCACAGUUUUAUGUCAAGGACGGGAAGAACUACAGCUACAAGGUUGCUGGUUCAGUUGCUGUAUCAAAUGCUCGAGAGGCGGCAGUCUUAAACAAUACUCAGAAAGAUACAAUUCAUGGUCUUGGUCGUGGUGGAAAUUUACCUAUUGGUGGAAAUUUACCUAUGGGAGUUCCCAACAGGCAACAUAGAGUUGUGGAGGAAGAGGAGGGUGGUCAUGCAAACAGCUUCAGCAGAGGAGGCUCGAAUCCCCGUGGUCGGGGCAGGGGCAGAAGAGGUGGCUGGGAUCAGGGUAUCCCAGCGGAGGAGAAUGAGAAUUCUAGUGGCCCACAAAGUUUUGGCCGUGAUGGAAGAAGAGGGGGCAGGAACCAUGGCAACCUACCAGAGGUAAACGAUGGUCAGCAAGGUUUUGGCCGUGGUGCAAGAAGAGGGACCAGGGAUGAGGACAACCGGCCAGAAAUGAACAACCAGCAAGGUUUUGGUCGUGGCGCAAGAAGAGGGGCCAGGGAGGAGGACAACCGGCCAGAGGUAAACAACCAUCCUAAUCCCCAGCAAGGUUUUGGUCGUGGCGCAAGAAGGGGGGACAGGGACGAGGACAACAGGCCAGAAGGGAAUAACCAUGGCCAGCAAGGUUUCGGUCGUGGUGGAAGAAGAGGGGACAGGGACGAGGACAAUAGGCCAGAAGUGAAUAACCAUGGCCAGCAAGGUUUUGGUCGUGGUGCAAGAAGAUGGGACAGGAACCAUGACGAUCCAGUGGAGGACAAUGAAGAUGGUAAUGCAGCACAAGGUUUCGCUCGAGGAGGGCCAGGCCCCCGUGGAGGCGGCGGAAGGAGAGGCGGCCGGAAUCAUAACCGGAGGGAUCAGGCGCUGAGGAAGCAUAUGCAAGGAAUGACAGGGCUUUAGCUCACCACCGUCUGAAGUUCAGCAGGAAGUGUAAAUUCGUCCAAGUGGUUUUGAGGGACAGAUGAUGUUCACAGAAGCCAAGCAUGUAUUUUGGUUGUUCCAAUUACAUUGAUACACAACAUGCAGCUGCAGCCCCCAUAGAUACUUUUUUUUUUGCUUUGAGAAAGACGUUGUAUGAAAUGUGAGAAUUCUUAAAGGUGAAUUACCAUGAAGUAGCUUGGUCGCGCAAGGAACCGUGCUGCAUUUUUGGUACUUGAAAGGUUUAUGUUGGUCCAACAAAUCCAUGUGGCCUAGUGCUGUGUGCCUUUGGAACAUGUUAUGUUUUGUAUUGGAUGGUGUGUGAAUGUGUGGCCGCAAUGGGUCACAGAAACUGGAAAUGCUUUCUCUUCUUUUGAAUGUAGACUGAAAAUCGUUGUUGUUGGGAACCUCA